UGUUACUACAACACAUAAUACACAGAAACAGAAUAGCAUACUAACAUAAAGAUGGUCCACCACAGUAGAGUUGUAAUAUUGUUGAUGUUGCUAAUAUAUAAUAUCUUCGACAACUACUACUACAUCCAGUUUUUUACUGAUUUUUUCAGGUUCUUUUCGGCAAGCAAGAAAUUGAUUUUCGGAACAACCACUGAGUGG